GUGGCGCAAUGGAAGACGUUCCUCGCAUAACGCAGAAGUUCAAGUUCCCAGUUGCGACUAAGCUCGCUUUGAUUGGAUUCGUCUCCUUGGCUGCAUAUUUGCCUGAAGAACUCAAGCGGUACAUAGAGAAGAACGACACGACGUUUGGUGUAUUUAAGAGGAUGAUCGACAGGAGGACAGCGUGAUCUGUUUGAAAACCUGAGAUUUCGCCAAGAUGAGAUCUCGAAGUAUGCUUCUCUACAAGAGGAGGUUUCUUCACACAUUCGAGAGCAUGGUGGAAAAGGACAUAGUGGAAUCUUUCGCUCACAUUCAGCAGACAAACAAGAUUCUGAAUGCAGUGGUCCAUGUUCCAAAGAAGGAGGAGAUCGAGAAUCAGAUUGAAUCAAGGAGGAGUGGCAAUGCCAACAAAUCAUCCCUCUUCCUUCUGAAUGUGCCCUUCCUGGUAAAAGACAGCAUUGAUGUCAAAGGAAUGCCUACUGUCUGCGGAUAUCAGAGCAGGGUAGGAAGCAUGGCCAGUCAAGAUGCCAACGUUGUCGCACGGCUGAAGCAAGCCGGAGCAGUGUGCUUGGGGAAAACCAACGUUCCGACUGGCUGCCUCGACAUGCAGACAUUCAACGAAGUGUUUGGAGUCACUUUCAAUCCGUACGACACGAAUCUCACUCCAGGAGGAAGCUCGGGCGGCUCAGCUGCUGCUGUUGCGGCUGGUCUCGUACCUCUUGCUGUCGGCUCGGACCUCACAGGAUCGCUACGAGUGCCCUCCUCCUUCUGUGGAGUCGCCUCCAUCAAGCCGACUGCUCGGCGGUUAUCUCCCCAUGGGCACGUGCCCGAGGUCGCUUGCAUGCAGAACUUCCUGACAGUCGGAGCCAUCGCCAAGGAUACAGCGAUGCUACAGCGAUUCAUGCAGGCAGCCUGCUGUGAUGCAGGAGGGCUUUGGGAAGACGCCUUGCCUUCCUCUCCCUUUUGCCCUCUACCUGCUCCUCCUCCAUCUGAGAUCAGCGUGUUGCUUACGACUUCUCUUCCUUCUGUUCCCACACAAGAGGCUGUGACGGCAGGUUUGGAAAUGCUGGGGAAGAAGCUUGCGUCUCAUGGAGUCUCAGUCCACUAUGGAGCCCCGGAGUUGGACGAGAAGCCUCUCUUUCAAGCUCACAGGCUCUUCUCGGAACUCUGCGUCAGCAUAUCUGAAACAGACCAUCCGCUCAAGCGGCCAGACAAGGACAGGUCGCCAUCGGCCUCUCAGCUGCACAAGGCAGAGCAGCUCAGACAUGCUGCGCGAGCGACGUUCAGGGAGACCAUGGACGCGCUCAAGAGGAAGGAUGGCAGAAAGCACGCGGUGUGGAUCCUGCCUGUCUCCGGUGUGAACGCUUUCAAGCACAACCCCAACCACGCGCCUUUCCUCAUCCAUGGCAAGGAAGUUCCCUACUGGAAGCCCUUGCUCGGUUACGCUUUCCAAGCUGCCAUCAUGGGCAACCCGGUGGUCACCCUUCCGAUCGGCCUGGUGGAGGAUGUCCCGAUGGGCGUGCAG